AUGGAGUACAUUUGUGGUUAUAUCCCCGAGCGGACUCCAGAGUCUCGAGAUGGUAUUGCUCACUGCGAAGCGCAAAAGGAUACGCGACAAGAGGUGCCGCCCCUAUUACCCAAUACCCCACACUACCAGAGCCCACAUCCAUCAUCAACAAACGACAUCACACUCCCACACACCCUACCUAUCUACCCACAGACCAACCCCACACACAACAACUACCCCAACGAACCAACAUCAAACCGUAGACCACGCCACCCCACCACCACACCCCACACACCCCUACACACCAUCACCCCACCAAACCCCACACACCAUCACCCACACACCAUCACCCCACCCACCCCACCCCACCCCACCCGACCCACAAACCCCGACAGCACCAUCUACCCACCCCACCACACAGACCAUUUACCCCCACAACAUCAACCCCACAUCUACCCAAAACCCCAAUCACCCCUACAUCUAACCAAACUACCCCUACCAUACCAUUAA